AUGGCUGUCGGUCCGACCAUUGGCACUGGCUUGUUCAUCGGCGCGGGCCAGGCCCUCGCGGUUGGCGGACCUGCCUCGCUACUACUGUCGUAUAUAAUCCUAUCAAUUCUGACCUUGGCCAUGACUACGGGCAUGGCCGAAGUAUCCACUCACAUGCCAUCGCAACAUGGGACACUAGUCACCAACGGCUACUUAUACAUGUCAAGCAGUCUGGCAUUUGCUUCAGCAUACCUCCGCUGGUACACCCUCGCUUUGUUCGUCCCAUAUGAAAUCACCUCGGCGAUGGUCAACCUCGGCCUGUGGAAACCGGGGGCCACGAUCGCAAUCAGAUUGGUUAUCAUCACGACCAUCGUUGUUGGAUUCAACCUCCUACCGGAUAAACUCUUCAAGAGCUCCGAGCGAGUGUUCACUGCGAUGAAGAUCGCCACAAUGGCGACCCUCUUCGUCCUCUCCCUGGCUCUGGGUCUUGGAGGUGUGGGCGCGCAGCCCGCAUGGGGAUUCAAAUACUGGAAACAUCCAGGCGCCAUGAACGAGUAUCUAGUUCGAGGUGUAUGGGGACGAUUCCUGGCUUUCUGCCAAUGUCUUCUCGAUGGCUCUAUUGCUUUCACGUUUGCCCCUGAGCUGAUUUUGCACCAAGUGGAAAUGCCAGCAUCACUUGUGCCAGCAUCACUUGGCGAAACAGCGCUUCUAAGCGCCAGCAUCCCAGGUAGAGUCACAUCCAACGUUGCUCAAACGGCAUUGCCGUAUAUCCUGAGCUCUUUGGCCAUGGGCGUUAUGGCUCCUUUCAAUGAGACACGUCUGACAAACAACGGAACGGGAUCCGGAUUUUCUCCUUACCUGAUCGGACUCAAAGAUGCAAAUAUUCAAAUUGUCCCUACGAUCGCGAUGGUUGCAAUCCUGCUCUCCGCGGUGGCUUCUGGGCGAUCCUUUUUGUAUCUCUCUUCUCGCACACUUUGUGCAAUGUCGGAGCUCGGCCAUGCGCCCUCGAUAUUUUCCACCCGCAACCGUUGGGAUGUUCCAUAUUUGGCCGUUGCGGCAUCCGCCGUGUUCUCCUCUCUUGCCUUUGUUUCAGUGAAAGUCCCAAGUACAGUCAUGAACACCUAUCUUCUCCGUCUCGUCACGAGCGCCGGUUUCAUUUCCUCGCUUGUGUCAUUCGCUAUCUACCGUCACUUCAAUGAACGGCUCAGAGUGAAUGGAAUUACCAGGCGGUAUACUUCCUCUUUCCAGCCAUUCGGCACCUAUUUUGGGAUAGUCAUCAGUACCAUACUAUUGCUGAGCGGCGGGUUGUGGGCAGUACCUAAGGGAAAUCUGGUCGGGCCCCGAGGAGCCAGACUGAUCACCCCAUAUGUGAAUAUCUUUGUAUUCGGCCUGCUUUUCUUCCUCCAUCGAUUCCAAGACUUUUUGCCCGUUGUCGAAAUUGAAAGACAAGUGGAUAUGAGUGGACGCGGACAUGGCGACCGCGAAGGAUCAAGAGAACCUCGGACACCGAAGACGUACCCGCAUCGGGGGAAACUCGACGUAAUCCCAGAGGGUUCCGGGGCAUUUGAAUUGCGACUCAUUCAUAGCAUGUCCACAGAGCCUUCAUAA